GGGAAGGGUGAGAGGCAGGCUUGCUUGGUGUGUUUGCAUUCCCUUCAUAACUCAAUCAUGAGCUUAGAUUGCCUCUGUCGUUCUUCCCCUUGUUGCCACCGUGAGCUGGUGCUGAGCUGCUAAAGGCCAAAAGCCAUGAUCAAAAUUCACCCACCGUCUCCACCACAGCCGACCAACCGGCUGCUCCCGGGGGCGGAGCUUUCCUCCGUCACUAUGCGUGCGUCUUUCUGCUUCUCUUUACGCUCUCUGCGCUGUGAAUUCUGAAUGAAGAGACUGCCUGGGGCUACCGAGUUAGGGACGUCACCUCUGGAUCUCUUCUCCUCCGCUGUUUGUCUGUUUCUCUCUCUCUCUUUCUCUCUCUCUCUGUCUGUUUCUGUGGAGAUUGACCGAGGGCGGGGCAUCUGUAAAAAGGCCCAAGCAUGAGGGAGGCAGACCCCUGCUCUCUUCCCCCUCUUACAUUAUUCAUUUUGGAGGUUCCUGAAGCCGAACGAAAAAAGUGAGCAACCUCCGUGCACUUUUGAGAAAGAGGGAGAGGGAGGAGAAAGAGAGGGAGAGAACAAGUGAAGGACAGAAAGACAAAGUGAGAGAGAGGGAGAGAAAGCUAAAGAUAGAAACAGGAAAAAGAGACACAAAGGAAGGUGACACAUUGAGAGAGGGAUCAGUGAGUGAGAGACAAGGGAGGGAAAAAGAGAAAGAAACGAAAGACGUAAAAGUAAGUGACCUUGAGUGAGAGGAGUAAAUUACAGAAAAUGGAGGGAAAGAGUAAGAGAGAGUGAGAUAGAAGGGUAAUAAUGUUAGACAAAGGAGGGAAAGACAUACAAAUAAAGAGGGAAGAAAGAGAGUGAGAGGGCAAAGAGUAAGAGACAUUAAGAGAAGGGAGAGAAAGAGAGAGAAAAAAAGAGGUAAAAGUAGGUGACAUUAAGAGAGAGAGAAAGGAAGAGAGGAGUAAAAGACUGAAAAGGAAGGGAAAGAGUGAAAGACAGUGAGAGAUAGAAGACUGAUAUUGUUAGGGAAGAGAGGGAAAGAAAGAUACAAUGAUAGAGGGAAGAUAGAAAGUGAGAGGGGGAAGAGUGAGAGAGGAAAAGGUAAGAGACAUUAAGUGGAGGGAGGGAAAGAGAGAGAAAAAAGAGGUAAAAGUAAGUGACAUUGAGAGAGAAGAGUAAAAUACUGGAAAGGGACGAAAAAGACUUGAUAUAGAGAGAGAGACAGAGACAGAGAGAAAGGAAGAGGGGAGAGAAGCACUGAAAAGGAAGUGAAAGAGUGAGAGACAGUGGGAGAUAGAAGAAUGAUAUUGUUAGAGAAGGGAGGAAAAAAGAAACAGUGAUAGAGGGAAGUGAUAGAGAGAGGGGGAAAAGUGAGGGACAGUGAGUGAGGAAAGGAUAAAAAACAUUAAGAGAAGGAGGUGAAAAAGAGAGAAAGAAAAAAGGUAGAAGUGACAUUGAGAGAGAGUAAAAGACAGGAAAAGAGAGGGAAAAGGAGAAAGGAAAGUAGGUGGCAUUGAGAAAGAGAGAGAGAAAGGAGAUAAGGAGUGAAAGACAGAAAGGAAUGGAUAGAGCGAGAGACUGCGAAAGAGUGAUUGUAGAGACAAUGAUAGAGGGAAGAGAUAGUGAGAGAAGUGAGAGACACUGAGAGAGAAAAGUAAAAGACAGAAAAGGAAGGGAAAGAGUGAGAGACAAUGAGAUAAAAGAGUGAUAUUGUUAGGGAAGGGACGGAAGGAAGGUGAGAGAGAAAAGGGUAAGAGGAAAAGGGAGGAAAAGAGAGGCAUUAAUAGAGGAAAGAGACAGUUAAAAAAGAGAGGGAAAGAGAGAGAGAUAUUUAGAGAGGGUAGAGACAGAUAAGAGUGAAAGACAGUGAGAUGGGUAAAGAAAAGAGUGCAGUAGAGAGUGAGAGACAGACAGUGAAUGCGAUAGAGACAGAGUGAAAGAAACAGAGGCGGAGAGAGAGAGAGAGAGCGUGCGCGAGAGAGAAGCACGAGUGUAUGUUUUUUUCCUCUUUCUCACAGGAAGGAGGUGUGACUGUGCUCUGACGAAAGCUGCUUAGUGUGUCAGUGGAACUAAAGCGCACAAGCAGAGGAUUGCUCCAGUGCUCCAGAGAGAGAGAGAGAGAGAGAGAGAGAGAGAGAGAAAGAGAGAGAUCUUCAUGCUGUGAGAGGAGAGGGAGAAAGAAGGAAAGAGAAUGCAACAGAAUAGCGGCAGUGUGUCUGGAAAUCAGCUUAUUUGCUAAACUGAAAACCAGCCUGCAUGGCACGACCUCAGUCUUAGGAGGGAAUCCUAGAGAGUGAGUCAGAGAAAGAGAGAGAGAGAGAGAGAGAGAGAGAGAAAGAAGGAGAGGAAAGCAGACUCACCCUCAGCACCGGUGCGUUAAUCAACCCUGGCAGCAUGGCGUCCAGCGAGCUGACCGCUCCUCCGGAGCCGGACCCCUGCAUCCGUACCUUUAAGGAGCACAUGCAUCUGGAGCUGGAGCCCCCCAGGCUGGGCGCGGGGGGCAAGCGCAUCACCUCUCCGAAAAUGUCCCCCCGCAGCUCCCCACGACUCUUCCGCAAGCUCAUGGUCAACAAGGGCGGCCGGCACAGACGCCGCUUCACCGUGGCACACACCUGUUUCGAUGUGGAGAAUGGCCCGUCUGCAGGCUGCAGUCCGCUGGACCCUCAGGCCUCCCCCGGCUCCGGCCUGGUCCUGCACACCAACUUUCCAGGCCACAACCAGCGGAGGGAGUCCUUCCUCUAUCGCUCCGACAGUGACUACGACCUGUCGCCCAAAUCUAUGUCCCGCAACUCCUCCAUCGCCUCAGAGCUACAUGGGGAUGACCUAAUCGUCACACCUUUCGCUCAGGUUCUUGCCAGCCUUCGAAGUGUGAGAAACAAUUUCACAGUGCUGACUAAUGUACAGUGUACAUCCAACAAAAGAUCUCCUGCCACCAAUCAGCCUCCAAUCACCAGAGUCUGCCUCUCCGACGACUCGUACCAGAAGCUGGCCGUGGAGACCAUGGAGGAGCUGGACUGGUGCCUGGACCAGCUGGAGACCAUCCAGACGUACCGCUCGGUCAGCGACAUGGCCUCCAACAAGUUCAAAAGAAUGCUGAACCGGGAGCUGACGCACCUCUCAGAGAUGAGCAGAUCUGGCAACCAGGUGUCAGAGUUCAUCUCUAACACCUUCCUAGAAAAACAGAACGAGGUAGAGAUCCCUCCACCCACACCGAAAGCUCGGGAGAAGAAGAAAAAGCAGCAGUUGAUGACUCAGAUCAGUGGUGUGAAGAAAGUGUCUCACGGGCCCAGCCUCAACUGCGGCAUCGCCCGCUUUGGCGUCAAAACUGACAAGGAAGACCUGCUGUCUAAGGAGUUAGAAGAAAUGAACAAAUGGGGCUUGAAUAUCUUCACCGUGUCAGAAUAUUCCAACCAUCGUCCUCUGACGUGCAUCAUGUAUGCUAUCUUCCAGGAACGAGACUUGUUAAAGACGUUUAAGAUCCCAGCAGACACGUUUGUGACGUACAUGAUGACGCUGGAGGAUCACUACCACUCAGACGUGGCCUACCACAACAGUCUUCAUGCUGCCGACGUGGCUCAGUCCACUCAUAUUCUCCUCUCCACACCUGCCCUAGAUGCUGUCUUCACUGAUUUGGAAAUCCUGGCUGCCAUUUUUGCAGCAGCCAUCCAUGAUGUAGACCAUCCAGGUGUUUCUAAUCAGUUCCUCAUCAAUACAAACUCUGAGCUGGCCCUCAUGUAUAACGAUGAGUCAGUGCUGGAGAACCACCACUUAGCCGUGGGCUUCAAACUCCUCCAGGAGGAAAACUGUGACAUCUUCCAGAACCUCACAAAGAAGCAGAGGCAGUCGCUCAGGAAGAUGGUCAUCGACAUGGUACUUGCCACAGACAUGUCUAAACAUAUGAGCUUGCUAGCUGAUCUGAAGACGAUGGUGGAGACGAAGAAAGUCACUAGCUCGGGAGUGCUGCUGCUGGACAAUUACACAGACAGGAUACAGGUUCUCCGCAAUAUGGUGCACUGUGCUGAUCUGAGCAACCCCACCAAGUCUCUGGAGCUGUACAGGCAGUGGACGGACCGCAUCAUGGAGGAGUUCUUCCACCAGGGAGACCGUGAGAGGGAGCGAGGCAUGGAGAUCAGCCCCAUGUGUGACAAACACACAGCUUCAGUGGAAAAGUCACAGGUCGGUUUCAUCGAUUACAUCGUCCACCCGCUGUGGGAGACGUGGGCCGACCUGGUCCACCCUGACGCUCAGGACAUCCUGGACACACUGGAGGAUAAUCGGAACUGGUACCAGAGCAUGAUCCCUCAGAGCCCCUCGCCGCCCUUCUACCAGCCCGACAAGGAGGGCCACGGCGGUGGACAGGGGGGCGACAAGUUCCAGUUCGAGCUCACUCUGGAAGAGGAGGACUCUGAGGGCACAGAAAAAGAUGAGCAGAGUCAAGGAGAUGACGAGGAGGAGGAGGAGGAGGAAGAGGAAGAAGAAGAAGAGGAGGAGGACGAGGCGGAAGACGAGGAAGAUCAAGGCGAGGAAAUGGAGCCGGCCACCACACACAUCCAGAUUGUGACUCAAGACGCUUCACCGGUGGACACAUAGAACACCGGUUCCCCGCGUUAGUGGGUAGUACGCGUUUUUUUGUCCUCACAACCUUGCAUUCGAUGCAGUUUUUAAACAAAGCCCAGAGAGGGAGCUUUUUUUCCGCCCCCUCAGGAGGGAGGCUGACUGGCCCUCCUUGCACUUGAGUUUGGAGUCAGUUUGGUUGGAGCUCUCAGGAAAUAAAUGCUGCAGACAUUUUGGAGCUGAACGAUUGACAGUGACAGUGACUGUGAGACACAUGAAGGCAUGAAGGAUCGGGGCCAACUGUAGACCUUUUGUUUGUUUGGCGGGCGAAGGAUAUUUUUUUCGGAGGAGUCGACACUACUGAGAGGACUAGAGUUCUUUUUGUACCAAGUGGACUUUUUUUCUAAAGCUAUCUUAUCGGGAUACGCUGGGGUAGCAGACGAACUACUGAUGAAUAAGUAUUUGUAAAGAAAGAAACUGUUUACUUUUCUGUACCAUUUGUCUAAAGACUUUGUGUGCCUUUUUUACUAUUGUCUUUUUAAUAGUCUUUUUUUAUUUAUUGAACACACUUUAGUAUAACUGUACAUGCAAAUGUUUUUUCGUUUGUUUGUUUUCUAAAGGCAAACCAGACAGCUUACCUGCAGAAUCAUUUUAUAAGCCGAAGAGAAAAAAACUCAGUGUCUUCCUUUAUAUUUGGCAAUAUGACUAAAUAAUCCAAAUGUCUGACAUGUGUUCAGAAAACUUAGAAAUGUAUAUUCCAGUGAAAGAUGCACUUUGUCAUUUUUAAAAAAUGUGUCUAUUUUUCUUUUUCUUUAAAUAAGCGCAUCAUUUAUACCCAUACAGUUUACACAGUCAUAAAGUCAUCGUAAAUUUCGGACCCACACACUGUUUUUUUUUUUUUUUUUUGUCACGAUUUCAGAUCUGGCAGACCUAAAUCUUAAAAGCUCCUAAAGCUUAAAUCCUAAAAAAAACUCUGAACCUAAACCUGAAACUAUAUUCAGGUUAGGAAUUUGAUGCAGUCGUCCUCACCCACUUUGGUUCUCUCAGCACUAAAAGAAAUUGGUCUACAAAAACGAAAGCUUUUUUAAAGUCAAGUUUGGCCUCACUUCAUAAAUUAAUUCAUACGGUGAUGAGAGCUAUGCAGUUGGACCUGCAGUUGAAAUUAACUUUUGGGAUUUAAUAAUUUUCAUCACUUAUUUCCAAGGAAAUUGCUUCAAAAAACAAAAUUGAUUUCAGUUUAAUCUUCCAAUCUUGCCUCCCUCUAUUUGGCCUUGAAGGCAAGAUUAAAAAACAGCUUCCAUUUACCGAUUGAUCAGUUCAGUUUUGUCACCCUCACACAAUACAUUUCCUGAGGUUUGAGCUUUCAGAGUUUAAUUUGACUGAGUUUGAUUUGGAUCAUAGCAUUUCAUGACUGAAUUGACUCUAGAAUGAGUCCCAAAUAUAAAACCACACCUACAGAUUUGAACCCCAUUGCCAGUCUAGCAUAUAUAUAUAUAUAUAUAUAUAUAUAUAUAUAUGUAUAUGUGUGUGUGUGUAUAUAUGGCUAAUUCACCAUACCAUUUGACCACAUUGAAAUUAUUUGUGUAUAUUUUUUUAUACACUUCAACACCCAUUAUUCUCCAGGUUAUCUGGUCUAUGUCUCACUUUUAGGGAUAGUUUAUGGCCAAAGUAGCAUGCAAAUGUGUGUAUGUGAUGCGUGCGAGUCUGUGAGUGUGUGUGUGUGUGUGUGUGUGUGUGUGUGUGAGGGGCUUGAAUGUUUUUGUGUAUAUAUGAGGAUUACUUCUGUCAUCUGCUCAUGCCUUUUCUUCACCUUGACUCCUUUUGGUUUGGUUUGUUUAUAUUAGCUCAAGUCGGUCAUUUUGCUGUUCAUAACAGUGUAUUUAUUACCUUUGACUGUACAUAAGGAAUGAUGUUUCUUUGUAAAUUUAUUUUUAAUUUAUAUGCACUUGCAUUACCUAAAAUUGGUGGUGUUUUUUUUGUGUAGUGGGCUCUUGGAUUGAGUCAGUUAUAUUUGGUAAUAUACUGUUUUUAUGUUUGUUUUAAAUAUUGCUGAUAUAUAUAUAUAUGAUACUAUAUAGGCUAUAUUUAUAUAUCGCACAAUUUGCAACUGCCCAGAGAAGUAGCUUAAGAGACACACAACCCAUUGGUUACGGGGAGAGUCUGUAGAUAAGACACAAGAUCAUACUGUAGACAUUCUGUCAGAUAUUAGAAGCUUCGUGUAUCACUGUUUGGUGCAACAUCGAGAAACUUGAUACCACAAGAUUGUACACAAGAUGGCACUCCAGUGGAAACCUCUGCAGCUUUUUGAAUGCAGAUUGCUAAGAACGGCUCAGAAACCUUUUACACACGCUGGACUCGCGAAACCACACAUUAUUAUUGGUCACAAAAUGUCACAACCUCUGAACACCAAUGUGAAAUUGAUAUUGAGUUACAACAGAAAUGUGAUCUGUAAUUAUUUGUGCUAAUGUGAACUAUUUUUCUGACCUUGUUAGCAGUUUUGAAAUUCAAAAUGUCGGUAUAACUUUGUUCAUCUAUGUUUAAGAUCUUUUGGUCCGCUUGGCGUACAAAAGGGUUAGGCCGAGUUAGUAAUACCUGCAUGAGGGAUGGGUUUUUUUCGUCUAGUAAUCCCACAUUGUUGCAGGUGAAUAUUCAAUGUUUCACACAAUGUAUGGUAUAAUAUUGUAUAUUGUGUUCAAUAAAAUCUAAAACUACUUUUCUAUGAAGUGAUUAAAAACGAAGCAUGAAUAUAGUAA